AUGUCUCAGCAACCCGCAGAUAUGGCCACCAGCCAAAACAUCGAGUCUUGUCGUCUUCUCCACGUCCCGCCAGAGAUCCUCGAUAGGAUAACAUGGCAUCUCAAAACAUCCGAGCUGUGCAAUCUCCGCCUUACCUGCAAAUCCGUCGAAGAGGCUCUUUACUUCAGAUUUACCGCCGAGUUCUUCACGCGCAAGCAAUUCAUGGUCUCCGAAUUCAGUCUCGGAGCCCUCGUAGACAUCUCCAAAAGCCGUUUGUCCGGCUGCUUGCGUCACGUACAUCUUGGCAUUGACCAGAUUGGCUUGGACGGCAACCACUCGGCAUGCAACGAUGUAGAGCAAGCGUACAAGUUCCAGCAAUGCUUGGUCGAGCAGGAGAGUCUCUGGGCGCUCGGGCGGGUUCCCAAGUACUUGGCUGAGGCUUUCGCCCGCUUGCCAAACCUUGAGUCGGUGGUGAUCCGUGAUUUCAACUCCAACAGAAGAUCUCGGGAUGGCCCUUAUGCUCACUGGAAGAGCUACGGCACUGAGACCAUGUUCAACGAAACUGGUGUUCGGCCUGCUCCUCUGAAUUUUUAUGGGCUGUCUUCACUAGGGAAUCAUCCUGCCGGCCGCCUGUUCAAGACCGCCAUCCACGCGUUGGGAAUGGCCGGAGUUAGUCCGCCAACAAUUGAAGUGAUGGAGAGGAAAGGCAAUCUGCUUAACGACACUGCCUUUCAUAUUCAACCAGAUCUCGAAUCUACCACUAUUCCUGUUCUGCGCGGUCUUAAAAGACUGCAUCUCUCCCUUGAGGUUACCUUGAAUACUCCCCUCUCCAAGUAUGAGAAACAGGAAUAUCAGUGGUUCAAUAUGAUCAAGUUCCUGAGACACCUUGAUGGAUUGGAAGAACUGCGCAUCAAUGGAAAGAAUAAUACUGCCAACAUCGAGGAACGCAACAGUCUUAAAACCCUGAUUAGCUGGCUCGCAACGGGAGAGUUGAGAUCUGAAGUGUGGGGCCCAAGAGAGAUCACACCGCCACCAGCAAAUGGAAUAACAAGCAAUCACUCACUUCUACGUUCUCCAGUAACGUUCCCCAAGCUAGAAAAACUUAGCUUGGGUAUGACGGUCCUUGGCGUCGAUGAGCUUGUGCUCUUCAUUUCCAAGUUUGCCGACACACUCAAACAUCUCGAAUUAUGGAGGAUCCAACUGAUAUGCGAGGAGCUGGGCGUUCAAGAAAGGACAGUUUUUAAAAGGAGAGCUACUCUAUGGGUCCAGUUCCUGAAGAAGCUGUUGAAUGAAAAUGACCUCAAUCUUCGACACAUUAAGUUGGGCAACCUGCAGCAGAAAUGGAUUGUCAUCAACUGGAGACAGUACCUGCAGGAAAUAGAGUUCAAACCUACCGCUACAACGACCGAUGAGGAAUUGGAGAAUAUAGAAUUGGGUCGGACGUUGGAAUAUACCGGCACGGAUUGGAGACAUUUUGUGACCCACGAGAUGAUUCCUCGGAUAUUUACCCCCGUAUUUAAAGACGAAGAAGAGAGAUCCGACACAUCUAGCGCCUUAAGCCCGUCAGAAGACGAAGGUGAAGAUGAAGAUGAAGAUGAAGACGAAGACGAAGAUGAUGAUAAUAAUGCGGACAAUAUGAACCAGGACCAGGAGUCUUGA